AUGGCGACGCUCGCGAGCGCAACACCCAACCUGGGCGCGAACACGGCGGAGACGGCGACGUCGGUGCUCGUGGGUGAGAUGGCGAACGUGGUGUACGACGCGGCGAUGGCGAACGCGACGGCGAUGAAGCAGCUGCUGAACGACGCGAACGAGUACGUGGAUUGGAAACACGACCCGUUGAGGUACUUUUGGGCGACGUUUUGCGCGUGCUCGUGCUUCAUGUGGUUCGGGUUCGCCGGGGAUAAUUUACAGUACUAUCGCAUGAACGGAGGGUUGGCGUACGCCGGUGGGGCGACGGCGAGGAGCGUCACCGCGGAGUCGUUCGGGAAGAGCGGGAUGUUCUUGUUGAUGUACAGACUGUGCGCGCUGUGCGCGUGCGGGGCGUACGUGGGGCGAUUCGGGAGCUCGCCGAUUACAAAGAACGAAGGCACGGGGACGUACGCGCUGAACAUGUCAGAAUUUUUGAACUUGCACGAUUGGACCUUGUACGCGGUGACGGCGUUCUUCUUGCUGGCGACGAGCGCGAGCGUGCUGGCGAUGUGCUCGACGCCGGGGACGCUCGAUCGAUACCUCGGGCACAGCGGGCGGUGCAACACCUUGGGUCACUGGGUCAUGGCCUUGUACACGGUUGCGUUCACGAUGAGCGUGGUAUUCACCAUCACGGUGAUCUUUGAGGCGAUCUUUUCGCCGCAGUGCGUGCCAUCAAGCGCUCGAGGGGAGUGGUCGACGUUGACAAGUCCCGACUCGCGACUGUGUUACCUCGAGCCGCAGUACAUGCUCGGAUACAUCGGUACGGUAGUUUUGAUGCUCUUCGAGGCUUCGGUCGGACGAUUGGUGUUUCCAAAGUGCUACAUGUCGCAGCCAAUCUUUUACUGCUCAGCGUUCUUCAUCAUGAACCACUACAACGUCCUGUGUCUUCAGGGCGACUGGUCAUACGGCUGGACCAAUUUUUUGCGCAAGCAGACGAUUUUCUACCUGAACGCGUUCAUGACGCUCGUCAUGGUCGUUUUCUACGGAUUGGUCAAGUUUUUGCGAUCGAACGCGAACACGGCGUCGGCGAAACAACUCGAGGAGCGCGUGCCGCUCUUCAUGUAA